AUGCAUCGUUUCGCGCUACCGAGGGUGGCAUUUUCUGCGCGUCGCCCCGCCGCAUCGGUGCCCCUCACCACCUCUUUAGGCGCGUCCCUCCGCUGGUGCUCCUCGCUACCUCCUUCUUCGUCAUCGUCGACCACCCCAGGCAAGGUGAAGGUCCACAUCAAGAGCGAGACGGAGGGGACGGAGAAGACGGUUGAGGCCACGCUGGGGCUCACCUUGAUGGAGGUGAUUCGCGAUGUGGCCAAGAUGGACAUGGAAGCGGCGUGCGACGGGACGUGCGCGUGCAGCACCUGCCAUGUCAUCUUCACGGAGGCGUCCUACCAGAAGCUCCUCGACGCACCGAGUGAGGACGAGAUGGACAUGCUGGACCUGGCUCCGAAGGUCACAAAGACAUCGAGGCUGUCGUGUCAGGUAAAGAUCGCGCCGGAGCUGGACGAGAUAUCCGUGACGAUUCCCAACGAGAUGGAGAACCAAAUGGGAUACUGA